CUGGUUUUUUAUCUGACAGCAGCAACAGUUGCUCUCAGCGUCAGGAGGUUCUUUAAUGUCGGAUUAAAACAUGUUGUUUUCUCCGUCAGGUUUCACUGAAUGUCUUCGAGAAUGGGACGAUUUAGAGAAGAACUACCAACAGAUCCAGGACACCCACCGGCUGUACAAGCAGAAGCUGGAGGAGGUGACCCGGCUGCAGGGCAGCUGCUCCGGAGCCAUCAGCCGCCAGAGGAAGAAACUCAGAGAGCUGAGAGUGUCUCUGCAGGAAUGCAAAGACAACCACCCGACGCCCAAACUGAACCCAGAGGACGUGGACUCCAUCUCUGAGGUCCAGAGUUUGAUCAGAGAGCGAGGCGAAGCUUUCUCUGAGAUGGAGGCGUUCCUGCCGCAGAAGAACGGGUUGUACCUCAAUCUGGUUUUAGGAAACGUCAACGUGACGCUCCUGAACAAACAGUCAAAGUUUGCCUACAAAGACGAAUAUGAGAAGUUCAAGCUAGUUCUGACGGUGAUCCUCUUCGUCUUCUCCUUCACCUGCCGCUUCCUCUUCAGCUACAGAGCGUUGGACGCGCUGUUUAACUUCCUGUUGGUGUGGUAUUACUGCACGCUGACCAUCAGAGAGAGCGUCCUCAUCAACAACGGGUCCAGGAUCAAAGGAUGGUGGGUGUUCCAUCACUACGUGUCCACCUUCCUGUCUGGAGUCAUGCUCACAUGGCCUGAAGGCGCUCUCUACCAGAUGUUCAGGAACCAGUUCCUCACAUACUGUCUCUACCAAAGCUUCGUUCAGUUCCUGCAGUAUUACUAUCAGAGCGGCUGCCUGUACAGACUGAGAGCUCUGGGAGAGAAGCACAACAUGGACGUCACCGUGGAGGGGUUCCAGUCCUGGAUGUGGAGAGGUCUGACCUUCCUGCUUCCUUUCCUGUUCUUCGGUCACUUCUGGCAGCUCUACAACAGCAUCACUCUGUACACGAUGUUCCAGCUCCCAGAGUGCAAAGAGUGGCAGGUGGCGAUGUGCGGCUGCUCCUACCUGGUGCUCUUCAUGGGGAACUUCCUCACCACGCUGGGAGUCGUCUACCAGAAAUACAGGAACAACCAGGACAACAAACCCAAGAGCCUUUAGACACAGAAGCAUCAAAGUGUUCGUGAAAAUGUUCAAAGAAACCCGCUCUAAAAUGCUCUUUAGAGCGUUUACCUGUGUUCUGAUUGUUGUCCCUUUGAACCCUUCACAUGUUCUGCUUCUCCAGAGUUUCUGCCCUCUGCUAACGGUGCCUCUCUGAAGAGGAAAUGUUGCUGAAUGUUGAAAUAACUGAGUCAUAUUUAUUUCGGGAAAUCACAGUUUGUUACUCUGCAGCCGCUCUGUAUUUCAUAAACACUUCUCCAAAGCCCAGAGGUACUUCA